AGAUAUCUUUGUCCUGCUCCUGCUAGUCUACCUUCUGCUGAAGUGGCACAAUCUGUAUGUAAGAGAUCUCGAGUUGACCAAACACUGUCACCCACAGUUUCUGUCAAUAUUGGAUAUCCUAGUGGUGUAAAAACGUAGGUGAUGGAUACGCCAGUUAGUAAGCAUAGUGUGAAGCAUUUAGCAAGGUCAAAAGAUCCAUCUAAGAGUUUAGCAAUUAGAGUUUUGAAGAACAAGAAGUCUAUGACAUGGAUUGUAAAAGGAUUGGGUAAAAUCAUCCAAUAUGAGUUGAAGAAAUUAUGUUCAAAGAAAUGCAAUUCAUUGUUGAGAUCAAGAGAUAAAGAACAUAUUCAUACUUUUCCAUGGGAAGGCUUAUAUCAAGAGUUUUCUUGUCAUUGUCCUACAUUGCUUAGUUUGUUGGCAUCUGCAGCAGAUUCACAGUCUGGCAGACGUAAUGGAGAAAAAAUUGUCACCAUGAUAGUUUGUAUCCUUGCUAAGUUUCGUUGUUCAAAGCUGGCUCUCUUUCAGAAAAUGAUAUCUGCAAUACUCUUUUCAGCACAUACAGGAACAUCAGUUUACAACAGGCUUCAGAAGCUAAUGCUAUCAGUUAGUAGGAAUGCAGCUUUUGUGUUAAUAAAUCAGUUUGGAGAGGGCCAUGAUGACAAAGUUUUGAAGUGGAGAGACUCUCUUCUUCCAUUUUGUGUACCGUCUAAUAAAGAUGUGUCAUUACAGAUAGCACCUGAUUAUAUGCUGGAAGAGAAUGAAGAUUUAGAACCUCAUUUUGAAGGCUAUAAUGAUACCGGUAUAUUAAUUGAAAAUGAAAUGAUUGAUGCAACAAAUACUGAAGAUCUAAAUGAAAUUGAAGUUGCUGACAAUAUGCAAGAUCUUAUUGUUUCUGUUGAUGUACAAAUUGAUAGUGAUACUCCAAGUGAAACAACUCCUAUCACACCAUCUUUCUCAGAUAUAACUGGUAUUUUUAUUGUUACAAAUUGUAUUAACCCUUAUUCUGUCUUCUUUCCAAAGGUGAUAGCUACACUGUUAUGGAGGUAGAUGAAGAGAUUACAGUAAAUAUUGAUGAUGGCAUUGUUCGUGAGUGGAAUGGUUUUUGCAUAAUUGGUGAUAACCUGGAUAAAAAUAUCAAACCUCGGUUUUUGAGAGUUGAUCAUCCUAAUCAGUCAUUGCAUUUCUUUUACUUAUUUGCUGUAAAGGAUCGAGUCAACUUGCCUGGUUUUUCAAAUGAGCCCAAUCGAUAUCUUAGUGUACAAACAGAAGAUCUGCCUUUUGAAAGUCUGCUGCCUUCCGCAACUGAUUAUCAGUCUUUAAUUGCUAAUUUUAAUGUAUUAGUUGCACGAGUUUUAGUUGCUCAUAUUCCUUAUUUCAAGACUACUUUUGAUGAUGUAUUAGUUAAUCAUAUACCACAUGAGCAUAGUAAGGAAAUGUCAGAGAAAUCAGAAAUGGUGCCACUUGGAGUAAUUUUGAAGAAUGAAAAUGAUAUUGAUGAUAUGAUUUCUAUUCUGGAACAUGUUAAUAAGUAUGUUCCUGUGGUUCCAGAAAUGGCACGAGAUCCUGUUACAAAUAAGCCUAUUUCAGCUGAUCGUGUGCAUCAGUUAUUAUUUGGUGGAGAUAUGUUAACCCAUAAGAGAUCUGAAACGGCUAUAGAAUUACGGCAAGGUAGUACAUCUACUAUUCUCAAGCUGAAAGGAAUCCAACCUGUGUGUGAAGAUUGGCAUGCUAAGAAGUGUUUUUUUGAAAUAAGUAAAUACUUAUUUGACUUAGUAAUGACGAUUCUUUUUAAUUUUAGGUUAUUUGGAAUAGGUUUUAUGAUUGUAAAAGUUUUAUUGAUAAAGGAAGUCUUUUCCAGCUAUGAAACGUUAUAGAUAGGAGAAAUGUAUCUGCUAAUGUUGACUCUGACUUUAAUGCUUGUGAAGAUUUCUUAGUGACUGUUGUACAAUCUCAUAUUCUAGCAGCAGCUAUGGAGUAUUUGAAAAUGAGUUCUACAUCUGAUAAACCAUCUCAUUCCAUGUUGCAGGAUGAAUUGUGGAUAGAAUAGAGAGAUACAAAGAAAGAUAUUUUGGAUUUAGUAACGAAAGAGAUUGUGCAACAAUUUGUCGAUUUAGAACCACAUUUUCUAACAAAGAAGAGGAAAUCAGCAGAUAAAAGUUCUAGUGAAGAUACCAGUUUAUCUAAUGAUGAUAAGGGUUAUACGUACUCGUGUGAAUUGUUAUCAUUUGGCUUAAUGUAUUUUGAAUUUGCUGAUGCUAUAAGAGAAGCUGAUGGGAACAGAAUCAUUCGUAGUUGGAGAUUUUUGAUGCUGUUAUUUAAAGCAAGGCAAAGACGCAACUAUGCUAUAGAAGGGCUUAAUAUUUUGACACAGUACCACUUUUUUCAGUAACAGACAAAGGGAACAGUUGAUAUGGAGUAGAUGUGUCAAUACUCACGGUAUUCCUGGCCGAAAUAUCCCCGCUGACUUACACUUAGAACACUUGAAUAGAUUGUGUAAAACAGCUGUAGCUAAUCUUGGAGCCAACAAGACACCUGCUGCAUUGCAACGAGCAGGAAAAUGUUUGGGAGUUCUUCAUAAUGUGGAACGUUCAUUUGAUAUGACUCUUGGAGUUAGUGAUGUUUAUGGAACUCAUUCCAUUGCAGGAGUUGAUAAAGAUCGAAAUAUAAUUCUUCGUGAGCUUCUUAACGCUCAAGUAUUUCGCAAAAUCAGCAAUAGGCAUAUACACUGUACUCGUCUAUACGAAGGAAUGAAAACAAAUGUAAUCUCUUCAAUUGAUCCCAAGAAACUGGAAAAGUGGAUGUUGGAACAUACAACUAAAUUGAGAAAUAUUUUAUAUUCCUAAUAAUAUAGAAUGUUGAAGUGUCAACUUCAAAUCAUAAUUUACAGAGAAAUUUAAUGUAGCAAAUAAAUAUUUUAAAACUAGAAA